CCGCUUCGGUUUACUCCCGCGGUGCCGGUUCCACCGUCCAAUCGAACUUUUGAAUCGUCGACGUUUGGGCCUAGGUGAGUUCUAGGAUGGUGAGAUACGCUAGAUUUUAUGUAUGCUGAACGAUGCAUAAGAUGCCCUGGCAAGCAGCUGGUGACCCUACCCGAUGGCCCGGAUCCUGAGAGCGAAGAUUGUUUGACCAUCAACGUCUUUCGUCCGAAAGCACAUACUGAUGGAGAUGAGAAACUACCUGUCGCCAUCCUGGUCCCCGGAGGUGCCUUCAACCGGGGAGCGGCAAGGAUGCACAACACCGCGUCCAUGCUGGCCUGGUCGGCUGAGCCUUUCGUGGGCGUCUCUUUCAACUAUCGUAUCGGAGCCCCGGGAUUCUUGAACGCCCCUCUCACCGACAAAGAGGGUCUGCUGAACCUGGGAUUGCGAGACCAGAUUCUGGCGUUUGAAUGGGUGCAAGAAAAUGUCGCCCGCUUUGGCGGCAAUCCCGACGACAUCACCAUCCUCGGCUUGUCGGCUGCAGCGCAUUCGAUUGGGCAUCAUAUCAUGAACAUCAACCAAAAUAAAACCCUGUUCCAUAAAGCUAUCAUGGAUUCGGGAGCUCACACAGCUCGGGCUGUCCAUCCUCCAGACGCUAGUCUUCACAUAUCCCACUUUGAACAAUUUCUCUCCCUAACGGGUUGUGAUAAACAAACAGAGGAUGGUAUCCUUCCAUGCCUACGCAAACAGCCCUCGUCUACGAUCGUGGAAGCCUCGCAGAAAGUGUUCUGGGAUACAGACCCGUCCGUUCGCUGGGCCUGGCAACCGGUCAUCGAUGGAGACAUCAUCUCGCGUCGGCCCAUCGACGCAUGGAAAUCCGGCCGUUGGCAUAAAGUUCCCAUACUAGCGGGAUUCACCCACAACGAGGGUGCCUACUUCGUGUCGCCGUCCAUGACCACGUCCGAGGAGUUCACUCAGUUCUUUGCCACCCUGCUGCCGCAGCUAUCCCCGGACGAUUUGCGCACACUCGAUCAACUCUACCCGGAUCCGCUUCUGGUGGCUGACUCCCCGUACUUAGAGACGCGGAACAUGUCGGUCGGAUAUCAGUUCAAGCGGGCGGAAGCGGCAUACGGACAGUACGCUUAUAUAUGUCCCGUGCGGCAGACGGCGCAUUUGGGUAGUAGCAUGACCAAUCCGCCUAUUUUUCUGUAUCAUUGGGGCGUCAACAUGACCAUGCUGCGUGGAGCAAACCAUGGCGAUCAGAUGCGGUAUCAGACCUACAAUCCCGAAGUUCGAUCCAUUUCGCCUGCACAGGACGCCAUUGCAGGGACCCUCCAUGCGUACGUGACCUCAUUUAUCGUGUCGGGCGAUCCGAAUCGCGUACCGGGCAGAUAUCCCGACCGACCGCAGUGGCAUGCCUUUGUCACUCCGGACGAGGGCACGUCGGGCCAGACCAUGGUUCUGGGCAUGGGUAACGAUGAACGGGCGGGUGGCUCGCACGCCGGCGUCGUGGCGCAGUCGGUUCGCGAUCGAUUUGCGCAGGCUGAGUGUCGCUUUUGGUGGAAACAGACUGAAAACCCCGAGGAAUGAUAGGCGGUUGGGUGCUCGGGCUCAGAUUGGUAGCGUCCGUAG